AUGACUAUCGGAAAUCAACUCAUGGGCUAUCAAAAUGCCUCUACGAAUACUUCGCCUAUCGAAGAGAAUUUUUAUACACCUAAGAAAUGGCAAAAUUUGUCUUAUACUCCAGAUACUUCAGCUCCUUCUCUGACAGCAAAUACUGGCGCGAACCAAUUGUCACUUAACGUUGGUGGUUUCAACUCGUCAUCCAAGCUUCAACCUCUGGGAGGAACAACUCGACGCUGCCACCGAAGACAAGCUAAACUACAUCGAAAUUCGCCUCAAGCUGCCUUCAAACAAGGUCAUCUCAUUAAAAAAUCAUUCCACGAAAAAUAUAGAACUCUUGAAGUUAUUGGUAAAGGCGGUUAUGGAAGUGUGAGUUCUAUUGCGGAAAAAGCUACAAACAAGUUAUUUGCCGUCAAGAUGGAAUUGAAAUGUACAAAAAAGGCAUCGUUGCAAGGAGAGUGGAAUUUGCAAAAGAAGUUGAAUCACACAUCAAUUCUUCGUGUUCAUGACUUCUACGCAUGUAUAGAUGAAGAAAGCAGAAUGGUUAUGGAUUUGGGGGAAAAGACCAUGUUCAACAUGAUUAUUGAGAAAGGAUACAUUGAAGAAACUCGAAUGAAGAGGUACUUUAAGGACAUCCUAUUGGGACUUGAAUACUUGAAAUCUAAAAAUAUCUUGCAUCGCGAUAUAAAGCCAGGAAAUAUGAUCCUUGGGCGCGGCUCGGGUGGUCGUAUGAUGAUAGCAGACUUUGGCUUGGCAGAAAUUUUGAUAGGUGGCAAAAGAAACAAGAUGACCUCAAGAAAAGGAACAUUUAGUUUUGAUUUGAAAUUUUGA